AUGUUGACCGCGUGGCUGCAAUCCAGGGGCCUGCCGGAAUCCGACUGCUUCAAGUACUACGACACCCUCGGCGGCGGACGCGGCUGCCGCUUCGCAGACGGAAUGUGUGACGGCUUUAUUGAUGAGGAGUACACUCCAUGCGACGCAUCUCAGGGCCUGCCGGAAUCCGACUGCUUCAAGUACUACGACACCCUCGGCGGGGGACGCGGCUGCCGCUUCGCGGACGGAAUGUGUGACGGCUUUAUUGAUGAGGACUACACCCCAUGCGACGCAUCUCACGUACCCCUGCUGACCGUCGAGCUGUUCAAACUUCACAACAAGCGUGCACAGUUCUUUGGGAAGAAGCUCCAUGGUAAUCUGGAGUGA